CAUAUUUGCAUUCUUGUCAGAUAUUGUGCCUGCCUACCUACCUACCUACCUACCUACCUACCUACAACCCUACCUACUUACCCAACCACCAUCUAUCCGUCUACCUACCUACCUACCUACCUACCGUCUCUACAUAACUACACCUCCAACACAACAAAACAAUACAACAACCACUCCAACCGCUCUCACAAUAUCACUAUCCGCAGCGAAAACAACGAAAAACAACGAAAGACAAAGGGGACCACAAAAAAAAUAAUGUCCGCUCCAUCCGCCGCCAAACUCGCCAGCUCUGCAACUGCCGCAGCCGCAGCAGUCGCAAAAUACAAGCUCGUCUUCACCGUCCCACAUACCAGCCUGGCAGCAUGCAAAGCCGCCAUCUUUAGUGCCGGUGCAGGCCGGUACCCUGGUCCGGGGAACUACACGCAGGUCUGCUUCGAGAUCCCGGGCAUCGGGCAGUUCAUGCCGGGCGACACGGCGAAUCCGAAUAUCGGGGCGCGCGGCGUACUGGAGAAAGUCGAGGAGAUGCGUGUCGAGACGCUGUGUGUGGGGACGGAUGUGGUUCGUCAGGCGGUUGAUGCGUUGAAGAGCGCGCAUCCGUAUGAAGAGGUGGCGUAUGAGGUUUACAAACUGGAAGACUUCUGAGCCAAGAGAGAAGAGGAUUAAUCAGACGAGAUACUUGGGUGGAAUUUGGCUGUCAAUAUACGAAUACAAACAUAAAUACAAUACACUGGU